CAUUGGCCGCCAUAUUGCAGUCGCCAUUGACUCAGUGAAACUCACGGCUAAAUGUAAAGGGAUUGCACUGUAUUUUCGGGUGAAUUCGGCACGUUUUUCGUGUGGAUGUUGGAUAAAAGUGUAGCAAGAUGCCUGGUUUACAAUGACGCAUCCCAAUCAUCAAACAAACGGGGCCAGUUUGGAGGAUUGUCACACGAAUUUCUUCGCACUGACCGAUUUAUGUGGCAUCAAAUGGCGUAAGCUGUUGUACACUGAGAGCACCCAGUAUGCCUCGACGUCGUCGGACCCGCUGGAAGACCCAGUGCUCUCAUCCUUCUCGAAAUGCCUGGCCGCUGACAUUCUCUGUGUGUGGCGGCGUGUGCAGAUGCCGCAACCUCAGCCCUCAGCGUCUAUGGCCUCCGCAAACAAUCCCUUCAUGAUGGACCCAAUGCAGGCGGUCGCCAUGGGCGGGGGCUUUCAUCAAAUGCGGCAGCCGGUGGCGCCCAUGAUGCCUCAGACGGCAAAUUCGCAGUCUGCCGACCCCAACACCACCCUUUCACUGCACUCGAGCAAAGAGCUCUGGAUCUUUUGGUAUGGUGAAGAGCCAGACCUUUCCAAUCUGGUCGCCUUUGACAAACUUGUGUCAGAUAAUGAGCAAGGAUCGUGGGAAAGUGGUCUGUCUUACGAGUGUCGGUCACUGCUGUUUAAGGCUCUGCACAACCUAAUUGAACGAUGCUUGUUGUCUCAUGAUUUUGUCCGUCUGGGCAAGUGGUUUGUGCAGACAUACCAUGACAAUGAAAAGAUCAGCGAUAAAAGCGACCAUCUCUCCAUCUCCUUCCAAUUCUUUGUUCAUGGUGAGAGUACUGUCUGUGUGAGUGUCGAUGUGCGCCAACACCCGCCUGUCAGAUCCUUGACUAGGCAGCACAUUUUGGCAGCCCAGGCAUCAGCGACUGGUUCACAAGUUAUUCUAGCACCUUUUGGUAUGUCUGGUAUCCUCACGGGCCAGACGUUCAAAACAAGUGACAGCUACACGCGGAAGCUGAUCGAAGAGUGGCGCCAGUUCUACCCUAUCAACUCAAAGUACCUCAAUAGAGAGCCUGGCGACAACUUGCCGCUUCCCCUAGCCGUCGAGGUUAUUGUCAGUGGCGCCAAAAUGCGCUACCCAACAUGCUUUGUGUUAGCCACUGACAUGGACGACCCCAACCUGAAUGCUGCAGCCUCAGCACCGAUACUGCAAGGCGUCCAGCUUUCGGCCGUGGGAGGAGCCAUCAUUCGCGGCGCAGCGCCUGGUAACAUCCCCAAAUCAGUGCAGCAGUCGGCUAAAUGUCUCAAAUCAGACACGCCCUGUUGCUCCGUAGGAGCUGCUGUUGCAGAGCCUCAGUCCCAGGAAGCGCCGCUCAAACCGGCCUCCCUGCACUCGAGCCCUGUUCUUCAGCUGCUGGCCGACCCGGCCAUAGCUCUGACCAACCCUAACAAGCAACCGCUGAACUUGGCUGAGCGUGUCUGGCAGGAUGACUCGCUCAACCACAGUCAGCAGUCGCCCUUCUCGAGCCAGCAACAGCCCUCUGACUCGGACAGCUUGAUGGGAGGUGAGGAACCGGCUGGACAUUGGGAAUUUCAAGAUCCAUCCAAGAAAGUUUCUUGUUCCUGUUCAAAGUGUAAAAAAGUAAAUCAAUCAAACCUCCAUAAAAGUGGUGGAUUGAGCACUAGUAACUCAGGCUUGAAACUGAAGGGUGAGAAAAGCGAAAAAAACCGGGGGUGGAGAAGUGGGUGCUCAAGCAUCACUCCAUACCACCAUCGAAACCCGAAUUUUGGGGAAAAUGACUGGCUGGCGGAGCUCGAACCAACGCCCGCUACCAGAGUAUCUGAACCUACCACACCAGCUGGUGGACCUCCUUCUUACAGGGUAAACCAAGCAAUGACUCCUGGCAUGCAGCAAAGUGGUGGUGACUUGCCUGUUCCAUCAGUUGGGUCACCACCAUCAGCUGCCCCGUCACCUCUUCACAAUCCUCAUUCUCAGCCAGCAUCUGUGACAGCUACGGAUCCCACCAUGCCAACAUUGAGCCCGCACCCACCUUCAUCCAACCAGCCUAGUGGCGCUCAGCCAACAACCCCUCUGGAAUCUCAAGACAAAGUUACCCCAGCUGCGACACCUUCAGAUAUUAAUGGGCCCAAAUCUGUGUCGUCCAUAUCAAACCAAGUAUUCUCUCCGUAUCCCACCAACUCUAGCGUGGAGCCAUCGAAACCCGCCGAUAGUAUGGGACCAGCUAGUGCAAGCUCCGGCCAUGUGCCCUCAAUGCCCACGGCAUCAUCCACUCUCAGCUCCUUCCUCAAGAGACCAAUCCUGGCUUCUAAAGAUUACGAAUCCAUCAUGCAGGACGAGGAUCAACCGUCUGACUUGUUGUAUGAUUAUUCCACCAUGAAUGCUUGGUUGAAUCACCCUGUCAAGAGGUACAAGGCUGCUGAGAAGAUGCAAGAGAAGACAGCACGUCCAUUCCCUGAAAACUUAACACCUACAACUCAAGUAGGACCUGCAAAUUUGGAAGUAGGCGUGUUACCAGUUGCUGUCAAACAAGAGCCAAUUACUGGGGAUGAUGAUAAAAAAGGAGGAGUGGCGCCGUUCAAUGACGACCCUGAUAAUACCAAAACCCCAAGUGAUUUAUUCACUAGUCGCGGUUUAGAGCCAUCCUAUAAAGAUCUAGAUCAAAUUUUUGACAACUCUGACGACACCUCAAGCGAUGAGACGCCUCAAGUGCCAACGCCUCCCGGCUCAAACAAGGCGCCAGGAGAUGAGCAAACCAUCACCCUAGUAAAGCCACCACGAGGCAGCGGCGGAGGUACUGGAAUUCUGAAGGUUGAGGAGCUGACAAAAAUGUACCCAACCCCACCGAGUCUUGAACACAACCCAAUUGCCUCACCUUGUGGUCAGCCUGAUGUGUCAAUGCUUGAUGCUUCUGAAUCUGCACAUGUUCCAAGAAUCAAGCAAGAGAUUUAUGCAAAUUUAGGAAGUCCCACCGAGGAGAAUAUUGAUGACUGGUCAUAUGUUUACAAGCCAGUGGCUAUGUACAAAAUGGUUGGAUCUUCUAAAUAUGCACCGCUUACCAAUCUGCCGAGUCAGCAAUUGUCUGCAUUGAUACCUACCCCCAAGUACAAACCUGCUUGGCAAUACCCGCUUCAGAUGCAAGAGAAGUCAAAUCAACCUCAAAAUCACAUGCCUCCUGGACCAAUGAUACCUGGACCGAUUGCUGCUCCUCACAGACCACCUUCACGGCCCAUCUCUGGCAUCUCGCCCAUCUCUCCAGCUGCAGCCAUGAGGUCUCCAAUGGGUCCGUACGGCCGGAUGGAAGCAAGUCCCAUUGGAAUGGCGCCAGGAGUGAUGCAUCCUCACCAUCGUCCAGCUCUGCCUCCCCCUUACGAACUGGCCAGUCCAGCGUCGAACGCUCCGUACAUGAACAAGAGCGUGAGCUCAGUAGAGCCUGGUCCUCUCUCGGCUGCUGUGAUCGCAGCUAGAGCUCCAGAGGCUAAUUCUCUUGUGGUCAACAUUUUGCUGACAGACUCAAGCUUGCACGUAUUCAGGGAUCACAACUUUGAUAGUUGCACAAUGUGCGUCUGCAAUGCUGGUCCUAAAGUUGUUGGCAACAUUCGUGGCGCCGACUUAUGUCUACCUGAGGCUGGAGGCGGCAUUUCAUCUGACGAAGACCAGAUCCGCUGCAAUUGUGGCUUCAGUGCUGUGGUUAAUCGUAAACUGUCUCAUAGAGCCGGCCUCUUCUAUGAGGAUGAGAUAGAGAUAACUGGUCCCUUGUUUGUGGAUGAAUGCAUUGAUCGCAAACGGCCCAGCCUUUCAGCAGUCAGCUCUGCUGGAAAGUGCAGAGGCAACGAGCUCGAAGCUCCAUCUGCUUCUAUGAAUGCUGCUGCCAAGCAGAUUCCCCCUCCUACCGAACCAAGCAAUUCCAUUUUGGAGAUUGUACCUCAGUCAGUUCUUGAGCUGAUAAGAGAUCAGUGUGUCUUCGUUAAAAGCUCAGUUAAUACCUUGGUCAGAACUGCGUUUAGGCAUUGCAAAACUAGUGAUAGCUUGUUGUGGACGUUAAACAAACUUGAGUUUAGUGACGGUAAUGAUGUGACUUUGAUGGCCCUCGAUCAAGGCAGGCAGUCUGCAGAUGCCUUGCACUUGUGCAAACUUAACAGUGAUGACAUGAGAAUUCGAGGAAACUCGCCUCUUCACAGGUGGCAGUUCCUCAGAGCUGGCGGUCCAAAUUGUAAUCAAGACAUCAUCAGGGUCAUGCGUAAUUUGCAACCUUUGCUGCAAGAGGCUGUUCAACAGAAAUGCACAACUCGACUUUGGGACGCGCCUUACACUGUGUCUGGGCCACUCACAUGGAGAAAAUUCCACAGAUUAGCUGGACGAGGCACAGAGGAUAGGUGUGAACCGCAGCCGAUACCUUCGGUAUUAGUUGGCCGUGAUAGUGAUUGGGUCUCAUUGUCCCCUUACGCUAUUCAAUACUGGGAAAAUCUGCUACUGGAACCAUACUCGUACACCAGAGAUGUUGCCUACAUUGUGGUGGCCCCAGACAACGAGCACGUUUUAGGCCAUGUGCGAUCUUUCUUCAAGGAGCUCAGUGCAAUCUAUGAGUUGUGUCGUCUUGGAAGACAUUGUCCAAUCACCAAAGUUCUUCGUGAUGGCAUAUUAAGGGUGGGGAAAUCGUCAGAUUCUAAAAUUGCCAAGGAGCCCGUUGACGAAUGGUUCUCGACCCUUUCAGAGAGCCAAACAAGCUGCCUGCUCAAACUAUAUGCUCAAGUUUGCCGAUAUCAUCUUACUCCACAUUUGAAUUCCAUCCCCAUGGACAAAACUCUAUUUAACGAUGCCUCCCAGCCCAAAACCAGCGUAGAAAUGCCCACUCCCUCACCUAUGCCUCCUCCGUCAACACCUGAAGGCGCAAGUCAAGGCUCUAGCUCUGACCGGCAGCCUUCAACGCCAAAGACUGAUCAUGGAGAUGGAGAUGGCCACCAUCGGGAUAGCAUUGGUGGGUUGCAGGACAUUCACCCUGAUGAUGAGGAAAGAGAGCCUCCAGCCAUCGUCAUUUAUUUUGUAGAUCCCUUCAGUUUCGGCUCGGAAGAGGAAGACAAAGAUCGCUUGGCUUGCUUAGGCUUGCUACGGUGCUACGUGGAAAUACUCAACUCUGUACCAGAACAUAUUCGUGCCAACCUGAAUGUCCAGAUUGUGUCUCUAGAAUCGAUCCUGGAGUUGACCAAAGGGAAAAAAGAAAAGCACAUUGACACUGUCAGAGCCCAGGCAUUGUCAGUAUACCUUCAGUGCCGCAGGCUUAUGAGCCACAUCUCAAAUGUCAAGUCUCUCACCGGAUUUGGUCCAGCAGCAAAUUCGGAUCUCUUCUUAAAGAGCAAAGAUGAAAAGAACAGAGCUCCUUACAGACUUUUCACACCUCCAUACGUAUUAGGCCAAACCAAGGAUAAAUCCGAGUCAAAUAGUGAUAGACAGCAGGAGAAAACUUCCGUGAUGUACUGCAACUACUGCUUAUCUGAAGACCAAAGGUUCCUAAUGGCCGCUUGCACCGACGACAAAGGAGCAAUUUUUGAGACUGUCUGCAUCAACAUAGAAAUUCCACAUAGGACUAGGAGAAAAAAGGCUUCUGCAAGAAGGGUAGGACUUCAAAAGCUGAUGGACUUUAUUCUAGGAAUCAUGUCCAGAACUGUCCAACCCUGGAGGCUGGUAGUAGGACGUGUGGGGAGGAUAGGCCACGGAGAAUUGAAAGGCUGGAGUUGGCUGCUAAGCAGAAAGUCUUUAGUGAAGGCUUCAAAACACCUGAAAGAGAUUUGCAACCAGUGCUCAUUGCAGUCACAAACUGACAUCCCAUGCAUUCUCAGUGCCUGCUUGGUGUCGAUGGAGCCAGACUCGUCUCUUCGCCUCAUGCCUGAUCAGUUCACCCCUGACGAGCGAUUUAGCCAGGCUUCUGUCAAGUGCAGCCUUUCCACGCCGCAAGACGUCAGUGCUACUCACAUCCUUGUUUUCCCCACAUCAGCCACUACCCAGUCAUCGCAAUCUGCAUUCCAAGAACAACACAUCAACGAUCCAGAACUGGGCGACGAAGAGCUGUUCAGCGCUCUGAACGAUGACAAUGUCAUGGAUGGAAUUGAUGGAGACUUUGGCGACAUCUUCAGCGCUUGGCCUGAGCCAGGUCAAGGUGCACAAAGUCCAACUGGUAGUCCAAAAAGGGACUCAAUGUCCCAGCCAGGCAGCCCAGGAGUGAUGGGAGGCCCCGGACAGCAGAGCCCAUACCCCUGCAACACCAACAGCAUGAGCUCUGGAGGCCUUGCCAUGGAAGUGCAAGAAGAGGUUGGGACGUUGCUUCAGCAGCCACUUGCCCUUGGCUACUUUGUCUCAACAGCGAAAACAGGCAAAAUGCCCCGAUGGUUCUGGGCCUCAUGUCCUCACCUGGAGGACGCAAAUCCAACCUUCCUCAAGAACGCCCUCCACUUGCACAGUACCUCAAUCCAGAAUUCUGACGACCUGCUGCAACAGCAGGCACCAGUUUCCGAGCAUCCCUUGGACUCGAUCUACACUACUGAUGUGUUGAGAUAUGUAAUGGAAGGCUACAAUGCUCUCUCGUGGCUUGCACUAGACCACACCGCCAAGGACCGACUUUCAUGCCUGCCUGUUCAUGUGCAAGUGCUGAUGCAGUUGUACCACAUGUUUUCUGCUCUCGUCUGAAAAUCGGGCGCGAGUGUUGUUUAACAACUCUUCGUAUUAAGAACUUGUUACAUAAUUAUUAUUAUUAAACUAUAUUAUAGAGACUAAAAAGAAAAGAUGCAGAAGCUAUUUCUCAAAUAGGAAUCGAAUAUGAGAAGAGCUGCAGCAACCACUUUGCAAAAAGAGGUCAACAGUCAAUACACAAACACAUUCUCUCACACCUUUUAAACUUGAGAUGUUGGGUGGUGCGCGCCUUUUCACUUAAUUAUGAUUUUACUAUCAGGCGUCUAGCUUGUGUCACACAAAUUGAAAUGUAUGAAUGUGCUGCACACUUUUUAAUGGGCUAGUAAGCAAUUUUUACUAAAAAAAAGUAUAUCGGAUAAGAUCAAUUUUGUAGAAAUCAAGGAAAAAAGAUCCUCUGAAAAGAAGUAGCUCGGACCAAUUGAGUAUUCCUAAAG